AUGGCGGACAUAAACCUUUACGAUAUUUGUGUGGCGGUUUUGAAAAUCGGCUUUUUGACGGACGGCCACCGUAUAUUGAAACCGUCUCCGCGGGGAUUUCUAUCGCGCCAGUCUUUGAAAAUGAAUGAUGUUCGGAAUAUUGUUGCAAACUUCAAGUGGAUAUCCGAAGGAAUUUUGCCCGUAUGCUAUCUGAUAAUCCUCUAUUCGGUAGGAAAGGUCAUUCUACAUCCUCUUAGUGCUCUACAGUUGAUGAACUGUAUAAUGUAUGUGACCGUGUUAUUUCACUGUGCAUGCUUGUGUGAACUUCUCCUGGAUCUCAUACCUCUCUCUACUGCUGUUUUGAUUUUGAUUCGUGUUAUACAUGUAUUUUACAUUGGACGUGUUUUAGCCAAACAAGGGCUUUACGAUGCUUUACUCUCUAUAAGCAUUGUAGUAUCAGCUAGAUUUGUCAAAAUGAACAAAGAGAGAAGUGAUGUUGUCUUCCUUAUUUCAAUGACAUUUUGCCUUGCCCUCCUUUCUGCAAAGCACCACAAUGAAAGAAGACGUGGAAGACGUGGAAGAGGAGAAGCAAGUGGCGAAAGAAUAAGAGGAGAAUUAACAAACAUACGAAAUGAAGAAAGAGGCGAAAGAAUAAGAGGAGGGACAACAAACGGAGGAAACGAAGAGAGAGGCGAAAGAAUGAGAUCAGAAGGGACAGCAAAUGGAGGAAACAACGAAGAAAGAGGCGAAAGAAUGAGAGGAGGCAUGACAAAUGGAGGAAGAGGUGGAAGAGGAGAAGGAGGUGGAAGAGGAGAAGGAGGUGGAAGAGGAGAAGGAGGUGGAAGAGGAGAAGGUGGAAGAGGAGGAAGAGGUGGAAGAGGAGAAGGAGGUGGAAGAGGAGGAAGAGGUGGAAUAGGAGGAAGAGGUGGAAGAGGAGGAGGUGGAAGAGGAGGAAGAGGUGGAAGAGGAGAAGGAGGUGGAAGAGGAGGAAGAGGUGGAAUAGGAGGAAGAGGUGGAAGAGGAGAAGGAGGUGGAAGAGAAGAAAGAGAUGAAGGAGCAGAAAGAUUUCUCCGAUGGUAUUUAGAGGUCACCAGUUAUCCGUUGACUUCUUGUGUCAUCUGCUUGGAAAGCUUGUUCGACGGCGGCGGCGAAUUAGCCAGGCUGUGCUGUUCUCAUACUUUUCACCGUGCUUGUAUCGUGACAUGGCUUAGGACCAGUCACAAUUGCCCGAUUUGCCGAGCUGACGCCGUGUUUGAUGCCCUUUGA